GAGCUGGCUAUCCUGAUUCCCAAACAGACCCGUAAAAUCUGAUGCCAAAUUCGCCAGCUCCAAAAACCCUAAUCCGUUAGCCCGUCGCUUAUAUAUACUGGAGAAAAGCUUCAGUGCCGUAAGCUCGGCGGCCAAGUAAACCCUGCUUCUCUAAGGUAAGAGAAAAUGGCGGUGCCGUUGCUGACGAAGAAGAUCGUGAAGAAGCGGGUCAAGAAGUUUAAGAGGCCCCAGAGCGACCGCAAGAUCUCUGUCAAGACAAACUGGCGCAGGCCAAAGGGUAUUGAUUCUCGUGUGAGAAGAAAGUUUAAAGGAUGCACGCUGAUGCCCAAUGUCGGCUAUGGUUCAGACAAGAAGACUCGUCAUUAUCUACCCAAUGGCUUCAAGAAAUUUGUUGUGCACAAUGUCAAGGAGCUAGAGCUGCUCAUGAUGCACAACAGGACGUAUUGUGCUGAGAUUGCACACAAUGUCUCCACAAGGAAGAGGAAAGAUAUUGUGGAAAGAGCCGCCCAACUUGAUGUGGUUGUGACCAACAAACUUGCCAGGCUGCGCAGCCAGGAAGAUGAAUGAUUUUGAAACCCUUGAUGUCUUGCUUGAUAUGUUUUUGUAGUGAGCUUUUAGCAGUAUGUACUUAGAAGUUAGACAUGGUUUUAAAAAAAAAAGUUAUCAUUAUGGGUGUUACGUAUCUUUUUACUUGUCAAAAAAAAAAAGUUAGACAUGUUUUCAUCAUGGGCCUACUGUGGGUGGAUACUUUCUAGUUCAUGUCAUGCUAGCGGACACUUUCGUUUCGAUACUAACGAGAUUUUUACGUAAUCUAUUCUGCUUUUGGUGCUU